AUGAGCACCAGCUGCAAACGUCCCGGAAGUCCACAAGUCAACGAAGUACCCACAAAGCGCCCUGCGAAGCUCGUUGAGGUCGUAUCAGAUGGAGAUGUCCUCCUCGUUGUUGGCCAAGGGGUCGAUGCCCUCAAAAUACGUGUUUCGGGGAUAGUAAUCAGUCUUGCGUCAGAAGUCUUCUCUCGCAUGCUCUCGUCACCAUUCACAGAGGGAAGGUCGAAAGAAAUCGAGUUGCGGGAAGACGAUCCAGAGGCUGUCCUCGACUUCUGCAACAUUGUUCACCAUAAAGCUGAGAAUGUCAAUCAUCGUGACGGCUCGAGGCUCGUGAAGCUAGUAGAAUUUGCAGAUGCGCGAUUCUGUGUGAAGGCGCUGAGGCCGUGGGUUUCCGCAAGGCUUGCUGGUAUAAUGGAACAAUUCGAGGACUACGAGCGCAACAAGACACCAAUCAAUCACAACCGAAUUUCUCCUGAAGACGAUCCACUCGAGUUAACAAUGGAACAGUGCAUGAGUGUUGCCGCCGUUUUCAAGAUGAACCAUCUGUUCUGGUUCGCGACGAAGCAUUUCUUGCUCCUACAGGGUCCAUGUUCCACUUUGCCAGCAUUACCUUCAUUUGUCGAGUCAGCUCUUGAAUCCGGCGUACACGAUCUUCAUGAAGGCAUUGCAAAGGCCUCCAAGCUGCAAUCAAGGGAGUUCUUCGACGAUAUCUUCGAGUGCGUUGGCAGAGAUCUCGAUGUAAAUGAAGUUUUGCAGACCGGGAGCUGCUUCUUUGUGAAAUACGGCAGUAUGAUGGUGUUAUUGGCUAGGAAAGGCUUCAAACCUGGACGACCGGGGCAAUACAAGAAAUCAACCUCUUCGGCCAUGCUCGAGAUUCGGUCAAUCUCACACUCCAUUGGGGACUGGACGACGCUGGUGGAGAUCACAGAGUGCGAAUAUGGCAACGCCGAAUGCUGUCCCUUCUGCCAGAGAGAUAUCGCUGCGGACCUGGUCGAAGUUGUUGCAGAAAAUAUGCAGAGAGCCCGCGGAGCCUGUCUUAUCUGCUACGACAAUGGUUGCAAGGAUUACUUCCACGCCACACAUCGCCACGGGAGGCAUGGGACGUGUCCAUCGGGGUGGAUUCGACGUGAGCUACUUUGA